GAUUUUUUUUGUACCUAAACCUUUUAAUAGGUGAUCAAUACUUUAUUGCAUGCUCUUUCAUGAUGAAGACCAUGGAAGAUCAAGUAGUUCAAGAAGAACCAGGAUACCAGGAUGAUGAGGAAUCCUUUUUUCAGGAUAUUGACCUACUGCAGAAGCAUGGAAUUAAUGUAGCAGAUAUUAAAAAGCUGAAGGCAGUUGGGAUUUGCACAAUCAAAGGAAUCCAGAUGACCACAAGACGGGCACUGUGCAAUGUCAAGGGGCUCUCAGAGGCCAAAGUGGACAAAAUUAAAGAAGCUGCAAACAAGCUUGUAGAACCAGGCUUCCUCACCGCCUUUGAGUACAGUGAAAAACGGAAGAUGGUGUUUCAUAUUUCCACUGGCAGCCAGGAAUUUGAUAAACUUCUGGGUGGUGGGAUUGAAAGCAUGGCAAUCACUGAGGCCUUUGGAGAGUUCCGGACAGGCAAAACCCAGCUAUCUCACACUCUUUGUGUGACAGCUCAGCUCCCUGGACCAAAUGGCUACACUGGUGGAAAGAUUAUCUUCAUUGAUACAGAAAACACUUUCCGACCAGACCGCCUGCGUGACAUUGCUGAUCGCUUCAAUGUUGACCACGAGGCAGUACUUGACAAUGUGCUGUAUGCACGUGCAUAUACCAGUGAACAUCAGAUGGAAUUGCUUGACUACGUAGCAGCCAAAUUCCAUGAGGAAGCUGGUAUCUUCAAGUUAUUGAUCAUUGACUCCAUAAUGGCACUUUUCCGUGUGGAUUUCAGUGGUCGCGGAGAGUUGGCCGAACGACAACAGAAACUAGCUCAGAUGUUGUCAAGGCUCCAAAAAAUAUCAGAAGAAUAUAACGUGGCCGUGUUUGUGACCAACCAGAUGACUGCUGACCCAGGCGCAACUAUGACCUUUCAGGCAGACCCAAAAAAGCCCAUCGGGGGCCACAUCCUUGCUCAUGCUUCAACUACCAGGAUCAGUUUGAGGAAAGGGAGAGGGGAAUUGCGUAUUGCAAAGAUCUACGACAGCCCUGAGAUGCCUGAAAACGAAGCCACAUUUGCAAUAACCACCGGAGGGAUCGGGGAUGCCAAAGAAUAGGUAAAAAAAUGAUGUAAAUCAUACAGCUAAAAACCAGCUGGAUAGUUUGGAUGAAGAUUUGUGAAACGUCGACAACUACCUGGUGACAUUUGUAGCUUUUGGGAGCUUUUUAAGGUAUUUUGGGAGAACACUGGGAUGAACUUUGUACAGUUCAGUUUUACUGAAAUAAAAUUUGGUUCAUUUAGGAUU